AUGACAAUCUUAAAAUCUCUUUCAUCCCUUGGAAAUGUUACCCCAUCCUCGAUGACAAAGAACAAUUUUAACAGUUCAUUUAGUGGCUCCUCAUCUCAAUCUGCCAACAACAUUGCCUGUGGAGGUUGUGGAAAUGGUGGAAUCAAUAUUGAUAUCGAUGUCGAUAUUCGUCUUGGAGGUGGCAGAGGAUUGUUGGGUGGACUAUUAAAUGGUCUACUUGGAGGUGGAUGUGGUCACUGUUAA